GCUACUUUGUAACCCUGCGUGUUUACACACAUUUGAUGACAAUGAAAUUGGACGAGGAAAUGAUGGAUUUUAGCAACAACAAGACAUCCCUGAAAUGCACCAGUCCUUCAAAGAUUUCCCCUAGAAAGAAAAUGCAACCACGACCUCAAGGGCAGCUGAAAAACCGCACAGCUGCUGGUAAAAGACUACUCACUCGUAUGAAAGAGAGAGCGAGGAUAUUGUUGUCGUUGAUACCCGCUGACAAACGGGAGAAAAUAGGUCUGGUAUUGAAAAGACGCACAACUAAACGACAGAAAAUGAUGAAACUGACCGUUAAAAGGACACCCGUGAAACAGAAAACUGGGAAGUGUAGGCCUACACGCCGGACACUCAAGUCUGUCAAAUUCCCCCAGAAGUUGUGGCGAGUCGUCAACAACAACGCCGUUGGCUCCGCCUGGUGGAGUGUUGACGGUACUGCGGUGGUGAUCUACGAGCGGAUGUUCAUUGCAGAAGUCAUCCUUCGCCGUGCCAAUGUUUUUGGCCCAAAGAUCAAGAACUUCUAUCGCCAGUUUAAACUGUACGGAUUUAACAGCCCAUGUUUUUCUCCUGAAAACCACGGCACUCCUGACAUGAAAAUCAAAAAUGAGGAGGUCAAGGUGUUUACCCAUCCCUUCUUCAAGAGAGGCCGUAAGCAUCUCCUGAGCAAGCUGAGGCGCUGUGUCGACACUAAUAAGGCAAGAGGUAGACGGGCUGCCUGCAGACUAGGGAAACAGAUGCCUCCAUCAGCUGCCAACUACUCAGGAGUCAAUACAGCAUCUCGAUUGGCUGAUGAUAGCUGUUGUGGGGUGAAUAAAGCAUCUGGAUUGGCUGAUGAUGAGGCCUGUAAUUCUAGAGUGUUGGGAGGUGACUCCUCCUGGAGGAGGCUCAGUGACCAGAGCACCCUCAGCUCCACCUCCAUCCCCACCACACCCGACACCCCCAACACCCCCACCCAUAGCAUCUCCACCUCCAUCCCCACCACAUCCGACACCCCCGGCCAGACCCACAGCCUCUCUACUGGCCGCCUCUCCCUCCCCAGCACCCCCAACACCCCCACCGGUCUCUCCACUGACCUCUCCCUCCCCAGCACACCUGGCACCCCUAGUCUCACCACCCUUAGCAUCUCCACCUCCAUCCCCACCACACCCGACACCCCCACCGGUCUCUCCACUGGCCUCUCCACCUCCAUCCCCAGAACACCCAACACCCCCACCGGUCUCUCUACUGGCCUCUCCACUGGUCUCUCCAUCCCCAGCACACCCGUCACCCCCGGCCGCUACAUCUCCGGCCUCCUCACCCCCAGCCGCUCCACCGAUCUCUCCAUCUCCGGCUUCUCCACCGGUCUCACCCAGGAUGCUGACGUGUUUCCCCCUGCAAUGGACCAUGCCGACACCCCUGAACGUGGCCCAGUGACCCCCACAUCCAACUGCCUCUCCACCAACACCCCUAAACUUGCUACAGUGACCCCAACAUCCAGCCUCUCCACCCCCAGCCUCUCCGCAAUGGACGCUGACGUGUUUCCCCCAGAAAUGGACAUCGCAGAGACCCCCAAACUAGGCCCGGUCACCCCAACAUGUAGCCUUCCAAUCUGCCUCCACUCCCCUGACCGUGGCGGCUCCACCCAGGGCUCUGGGACCCCAACAUCCACCCUCUCCACCAACCGGGGCGCUCAAGUGUUUUCCCCUGCUGUAGACCCCAAGGACACCCCUAAACUUGGCUCAGUGACCCCAAAAUCCGGCCUCUCCUCCACCCGUCUCUCCACACCCACCCUCUGCACUGGUCUCACCCGGGACGCACAAGUGUUUCUCCCUGCUGUAGACCGCACCGACACCCCUAAACUUGCCCCACUCACCCCAACUUCCAGCAUCCCGCCCAGCAUGGUCAUGGACAAUAAUAAGGUACACUGCCCCACUGGUGGCUUUUCCCAGGGCCCUGUCCCCCCAAUAGCAACACCCAGGCUCCCAACCAAGCCCGCCUAG